AUGAGUGGGGGCACCCCUUACAUCGGCAGCAAGAUCAGCCUUAUCUCCAAGGCGGAGAUCCGCUACGAGGGCAUCCUCUACACCAUCGACACCGAGAACUCCACCGUAGCUCUCGCCAAAGUUCGGUCCUUUGGUACCGAAGACAGACCAACAGAUCGUCCAAUACCACCUCGAGAUGAAGUCUUUGAAUACAUUAUAUUCCGUGGAAGUGAUAUUAAAGACCUCACUGUUUGUGAGCCGCCAAAACCACAAUGUUCUUUGCCUCAGGACCCAGCUAUCGUUCAGUCUUCACUAGGUUCAUCUACUUCUUCAUUCCAGUCAGUGGGUUCCUAUGGACCUUUUGGCAGGAUGUCGACAUACAGUCAGUUCAGUCCAAGUUCAUUAGUCGGGCAGCAAUUUGGUGCUGUUGGUGUUGCUGGAAGUUCCUUGACAUCCUUUGGAACAGAAACAUCAAACAGCGGUACCCUGUCCCAAAGUAGUGCAGUUGGUUCUGCCUUUACACAGGAUACAAGAUCCGUGAAAACACAGUUAUCUCAAGGUCGUUCAAGCCCUCAGUUAGAUCCUUUGAGAAAAAGCCCUACCAUGGAACAAGCAGUACAGACCGCCUCGGCCCACUUACCUGCUCCGGCACCUGUUGGGAGAAGGAGCCCUGUAUCAACCAGGCCUUUACCAUCUACCAGCCAAAAAGCAAUAGAGAAUCAAGAGCACAGGCGAGCUGAUAUACACAAGGUUUCAAGACCAGAAAAUGAGCAACUCAGAAAUGAUAGCAAGAGACAAAUGGUUCCAGGUGCUCCUUCAACUCCAAGGAGAGGGCGUGGGUGUCAUCGAGGUGGCAGGGGAAGAUUUGGUAUUCGGCGAGAUGGUCCUAUGAAAUUUGAGAAAGACUUUGACUUUGAAAGUGCAAAUGCACAAUUUAACAAGGAGGAAAUUGACAGAGAGUUCCACAAUAAACUUAAAUUGAAAGUGGAAGAUAAACUUGAGAAACAGGAGAAGCCUGUAAAUGGUGAAGAUAAAGGAGACUCAGGAGUUGAUACUCAAAACAGUGAAGGAAAUGCAGAUGAAGAAGAUCCACUUGGACCUAAUUGCUAUUAUGACAAAACUAAAUCCUUCUUUGAUAAUAUUUCUUGUGAUGAUAAUAGAGAACGGAGACCAACCUGGGCUGAAGAAAGAAGAUUAAAUGCUGAAACAUUUGGAAUCCCACUUCGUCCAAACCGUGGCCGUGGCGGGUACAGAGGCAGAGGAGGUCUUGGUUUCCGUGGUGGCCGAGGACGCGGUGGUGGUAGAGGUGGUACCUUCACCACUCCUCGAGGAUUUCGUGGUGGAUUCAGAGGAGGUCGUGGGGGCAGGGAAUUUGCAGAUUUUGAAUAUAGGAAAGACAACAAAGUUGCUGCAUAG